CAAUGAUCGAUGUAACUUUCAGGCUGGGCAAACCAGUGUUGUACCAAAAGUCAGUCGAUCAAGGAUAGGAUAACAUAAGAAUGCCAAGGUAUUGGCAUAAGAAAUGGAGAGCAAUGCAAGGAUAUUUUGUUCCUUGUUGCCAGUCUUCAGCACUAGUUUCAGUGAAAUUCUUUUUCAUCUGUUGUAUCCCUAGUUCCCUACUGAUUGUCCAAAACUAAAGCUUCAAAUCAGAGUCCUAGUCUGACAGAGAUCAGCCAACUGUAGGAUUUACCAAGUUAAUUGCCUGCCACUGAGAGUGAAGGACAACACUGUAUUUAUGCGCUAAAGAAGAAAAACAAGCCAAUGGAUCAGCCAACUACUCUUCAAGGUUUAUGUGUUAAAGAAGAAGGACAAACCCCUCAGCCAACAACUCUUCAAGAUCAGUCAUGGAUCAACCCAACGUUGCCUUGCAACAGAUUAUUGGCUCACUCCACUCAGUCCAUGGGAUCUUGGAGAAUAUAUUGGAUAUGGUUUCUGAUGACAAAGCUGACAGAAUUGGUGAGCGAUUAUAUUUCGAUGCAAAUGAUGGGCUGAAAUUUCUGGCGUGUGAGGCUGAUAACAUUCAUGAGCUAGCCAAGGAGGUCGAAUUCAAGCUCUCAGGGUGUAUGGAGAUGCAAAGGAAGGAGAAAAGUAGGAUGGAGAGCAAAGUAUCAAGUUUAAUGAAGGAGAACAGGGAUAUCCACAGCAUGUUGAAGAUUGCCAUAACUGAGAAGGAGGCGACGGAGAAUAGCUUUCGUACAUUGAAGGAUGAAAGAGAGCAGGGAAGAAGUGCGAUCUUGCAGAUUGCUGAGAAAGGAUUACAGAAGGUUGGCUUUGGGUUCAUCAUGGAGGUGAUAAGUGGAGAACCAGCAAGCGAGGAGCUGAGCACUCUCAGUGCCACUGCAACAUCUGAUGGAAAAGAAAAUGAACAAGAGGUUAUCAGUCUGGCUUAUAUAGUUGAAAAGACAAUGAAAACCCUGCAUCACGAGAUCAGUGAUCUAAGGCAGACCUUAGACGAGUCCAGGUCAGAUUGUGAUCAUUUCCAACUUCUUGCUGCUGAACGGGCUCAGAAGAUAAUCAAUCAUGAAUCGCACGUAAAAGAUUUGGAAGAAAGAGAAAGGCUCCUAGUUCACAGUGUGGACGAGCUCACUCUAGGGAUGAAAGCGGUAGAACAGGAGGCUGCAAGAUGGAGGGAGGCAUGUGAACUGGAGGUAGAAGCUGGAAAAUCUGCCAUCAAAGAACUCAACAAGGAGAUUACUUUGCUCAGGGAAGAACUGGGAAGCGUAAAAGCAGACUUGGAGGCUGCAAAUAGUAAGCUACAGCUAAAAGAGAAAUUAGCAGCCAGUGCAAUGGCAGCGCAAGCUGCUGCAGAUGCAUGUCUCAAGCUUGCUGACAGAAGAUCUGCAGGGCUGCAACAGAGGAUAGAAGAGUUGACAAGACAAAUAGAGCAAGAAGAUGCACAUGGAAGAAAGGAGAGAGAAAGUGCUCGCAGAAGAUUAAGAUAUGUCUGCUGGCCUUGGCAACGACUUCGAGUCAUAUCAGCAUCCUCUCGUGCUAGGACAUGGUUUGUUGAUCAGAAUGGUAGAUUGCUACCUAGGACAGAAGCACUACUGCAAGCAAGGAUCUAACCUUUUCUUUUCACACAUUCCCUAGAGUAGAUUCAUGCCUCUCUGGCUCCUUAUCUUGCACUUUCUCCCCCACUCCUUUUGCAAAAAUGUUUUCUAUUUAUGCACAAUUGCAAGUAUCUAAGGUAUUCUGUACUAAGUUCAAGUGGUCUUGACAUCACAUCUUGCUUGUC